AGCUUAGCCUUUCUACUUUCCGACCAGGCACCUUCGAAAAUUAUCAAUUUUUUCCAAUUUAAAAUUUUCUAGUCCUAACCCGUUAUACGCCCACGUAGUCGUUACGAAAAUCCCGCGGGUCUGGCAACGCCACGCACAGGUGUCAACAACAGCAAGCACUGGGAGAUAAUGUCGAGCGAUGAACUGUGUCGCGUAAAGUACUCUAGUUCGCGCUAUCAGCGCCACAGCACGCCCUUGAACGUGAGUUCGUUGCAUUGGCAGCGCCAGCAGUAUGGCCAGGAUCUCGACGAGCUGCUCCGCCGACGGCUGGUGGCUUCCCCCGCCUAUGUGGACCGCUUGGAGCAGGAGGCCCUGCUCACCGGCCACGAGGGCUGCGUCAACUGCCUCGAGUGGACCACCGACGGACUGUGGCUGGCCUCCGGGUCCGACGACUACCGCGUGAUGAUCUGGGAUCCGUUCCGAAAGAAACGGGUCCAUGUCAUCAAGACCAAGCACCUGGGCAACAUGUUCUCGGUGAAGUUCCUGCCGAAGACCAACAACAGCAUUGUGGCUACGUGUGCAGCCGAUAAGUUCAUCUACGUCUACGACAUCAAUCACUCGAACGAAACGCUCUUCGCCUGCAAUUGCCACUUGAUGCGGGUGAAGCGUCUGGCAACCGCCCAGGAUUCGCCACACAUCUUUUGGUCAGCGGGUGAGGAUGGAAACAUCCUGCAGCUGGACAUGCGGGAGUCUCAUCGCUGCCGCCCGGAGGAGGGCAGUGGCGUCAAGCUGUUGAGCCUGUGCAACCAGGAGAGGUACGAGGCGGAGGCCAAGUGCCUGGCCAUCAAUCCCAGGAGGACGGAGUACCUGGCCGUGGGCGCCAACGAUCCCUUUGCCCGACUGUUCGAUCGCCGCAAGCUGCCCGCCAGCAAUGGCAAUAGUCUCUCCGCCUGCGUGGCUUACUAUGCACCUGGGCAGAUUGUGAAGAACAUCAGCCGGAACAUCGUCCACGAGUCGCGAGCCAUCACAUAUCUUACUUUCAAUGGCAAUGGAACGGAGCUGCUGGUCAACAUGGGCUGCGAGCACGUCUAUCGCUUUGAUCUGAACCAUGCUGAGCCCCCGGUCUUCUACGAGCUGCCCACCCUCACGUCGCCGGUCGCCCAGGAGGAGGAGGAGCUGGUGAAGGCGCCGCGCAAGAGUCGGUCGCUGCCUUCCAGCAUAGAAGUGCAUAAAAAGGAGGGCAACGAGUUCCUCGAGAACGGCAAACUUGUUGACGCCAUCGAUGCGUAUUCAGCGGCUUUGGCCAAGUACCCGCAGGGAGAGGUCCUGUAUCUAAACAGAGCCACAGCUCUGAUGCGACGCGGAUGGUUCGGAGACAUAUACGCGGCUCUCAGGGAUUGCCACGAGGCGCUGCGGCUGGAUCCCAGCUAUGUUAAGGCUCACUUUCGACUGGCCAGGGCUCUGCUGGAGCUGCACCGUCCCCAGGAUGCGGAUAGAUGCUUGCAGGCGCUCAUCCAGCGGUUUCCGGACUUCGCCAACAAUCACGGCGUGCUGCUGCUGAACAAGGACAUCAAGGAGAACCGCCGGCAGUCGCAGAACACCGAGCCACCCGAGCCGGAGCCCGUGGCCAUGGAGGAUGGCUUUCGCUAUCUACGACUGAGCGACGCCGAGUAUGAUCUCCGUUCCACGGCCCGGGACUAUAUGCAGCGAUAUGUGGGCCACUGCAACAUCACGACGGACAUUAAGGAGGCCAACUAUCUGGGCAGCCAGGGCGAGUUCAUAGCCGCCGGCUCGGAUGAUGGCAAUCUGUACAUCUGGGAGGGGGAUACGGGCAAGAUCCGAUCCGUUUAUCGGGCGGACAGUGCCAUUGUCAAUUGCGUGCAGCCGCAUCCCAACAUCUGUAUGCUGGCCACCAGCGGCAUUGACCACGACAUCAAGAUCUGGUCGCCGUGCUCGGCCAGCGCCGAGGAGCGACCCAAUCUGGUGGCCGAUGUGACGAGAUUCGUGGAGGACAACCAGCAGAAGAUGCGCACCGAUCCGUUCGAACUGCACACGCGCAACGCGUACUGUUUUAAUAACUGAGAACCUGUAGCUUAAUGCGAAACAAGACCUAAAUCUGCUCUGCACUGGGCAGCGAGCGAGAUUCAAUCCCGGCAAUAUAUCAAAUACUAGUGUAAUUUAAGCUAAGCGAACAUAUUUUUGUUAAUUUGUAAACGAACUAUUGUAUACAGAGUGUAAUGCUAAUGGAGAUGAGUAUGUUAUGGAGGACUAUAAAAAUAAAUACGAAGAAAUUGCAAA